AUGCCUAGACCUAGUUCGAAUAUUCCUGAAACAGUUUCAGACCCAUAUCCUAUAUUUCAAGAAUCUCAUAUUGUCAGUGGGUUCGGUAGAGGGUCAUCAGAAUUGGGUAUCCCAACUGCAAAUAUCCCGAUAAACGAUAAACUUAAUGUGUUAGAUACAGGAAUAUAUUUCGGAUGGUGCAAAUUGAAACCAAAUGUAGAUUCGCCAUGCCCGGAACCAGUUAGACGUGGAGGUAAGGGAGAUUUGGUCGAAUUCAACAACGGCUCUGAACUUAAAGGAGACGAAUUGGAUGUUUUACCCAUGGUUAUGUCGAUUGGCUGGAAUCCCUUUUACAAUAAUAAAGAGAAGGCCGCGGAAAUGCACAUCAUGAAGAAAUUUGGUGCCAAUUUUUACGGAAGUUUGGUGGAAUAUAACGUAUUGGGGUACAUUAGACCUGAAUUAGACUAUACCACCAAGGAAGCAUUGAUAGAGGAUAUAAACAUCGACAUUAAGAUUGCCUUGGAAAGCUUGCAAUUGCCUGGUUACCAGAAAUUCGCUUCUCAGCUCCAGUAG